AUGAAGAGAGCCAACCUGCUAACGCUGUGUGGGGAGCAGACAUACGACACAGUCUGUGCCCUGAUUCAGCCACGCACUCCAGCAACCGUUGACUACGACGACAUCGUAGCAGCGCUACAAGAACACUAUGACCCAAGGCCAUCGGAGGUCUACUGUCGAGCCCGCUUCCAACGGCGAGACCAACUGGAAGGCGAAAAAGUGGCCGAAUACGUAGCGGCUCUCAAAAAGCUCGCUGCUGACUGCAAUUUCGGGACGUUGACCGCGACAACUUCAGCUACUGCGCAGGAGGGAGGAUCGACUGCCACACCUGCUAACACCACUAUGCUCCCCUUGGACGUUAUGUUGCGUGACCGUUUUGUGUGCGGACUGCGUGACGAAGGCCUACAACAACGCCUGUUCGCGGAGACGGGUCUCACCUUCUCCAAAGCCUACAACAUCGCCCAACGAGCGGAGAGCGCCGGUCACCAGCAGAGGGAUAUUCGACGGAACGUCGAGCCGGUGCAUCACACCAGUGAGCAGUCAGGUCAUUCCACGUCUAAGGCGAAAUCAAGCAAAAAGACACAGCGCUGUUGGCGAUGCGACGACAUGCACGAUCCCAGGUUUGAGGUGGAUUCCGGAGCAGCAUGUACGCUCAUCAGCGAGGACACUUUUCGCGCCACUUGGCGUGAGAACGCACCAGCUCUCCAGCAAGACGACACGCAGCUGAGAACGUGGUCCGGACAUUCUCUUCCACUACUGGGCUGUGCCAACGUAGACGUGUGCUACAACGGUCAGACCCAUCAGCUUCCCUUGCUGGUCGUUCACGGUUCCGGAUCAAGCCUUUUAGGACGAAAUUGGUUCACCCCUCUUGGAGUGGUCAUUGGCGGAGUUCACCACACACCCACCUAUCCGUCAGUGGAGGAGCUUCAACAGAAGUACAAAGCGGUUUUCUCCGAAGAAAUACCUGGAAACAACGGACCUCCAGUCACACUGGAGCUUCGGGAGGAUGCGACGCCGAAAUUUUUGAAAGCUAGGUCGGUGCCUUUCGCCCUACGAACGUCAGUCGAGAAUGAGCUUGACCGACUGCAGGAACAAGGGAUCAUCGAACCGACGCAACAUUCGGAAUGGGCUACACCACUCGUUGUCGUCCGAAAGAAGAACGGUACCCUACGCCUCUGCGGAGACUACCGGAGCACUGUCAACCUGGCGACAAAAGCAUCUUCCUACCCACUGCCGACACCGGAAGAGGUUUUUAGCACGCUUCGUGGUGGAAAAAUCUUCAGCACCCUGGACUUGACACAAGCCUACCAGCAGCUGAAGGUGAGCGAAUCAACGUCUGAACUGCUCACGAUAAACACCAUUAAGGGUCUCUACAAAGUUAAAAGGCUACCAUUCGGAAUAUCUGCUGCGCCAGCAAUCUUCCAGAAAUUUAUGGAGUCUACACUUAGCGGGAUCCCUGGCGUUUGCGUCUACUUGGACGAUGUUAUUGUCGGUGGCGCUUCCUAUGAAGAGCACACAGAACGCUUGGAGCUCAUUUUGGAAAAGCUAUCAAAUGCUAACUUGCGCAUCAGCAAAGAAAAAUGUGUUUUUGCGGUGCCUGAAGUGAAGUUUCUUGGACAUCAAAUUGACGCGCAGGGUAUCCAUCCCACUGAAGACAAAGUGCGAGCAAUUACUGAAGCACGAGCGCCUACUAACAAGCAAGAACUGCAGUCGUUCUUAGGGCUAUUAACGUUCUACGACCGUUUCCUAGAACAUCGAGCUACAGUGGCCAACGAUCUAUACCAGCUCCUGCAGAAAGAAGUCCCAUGGACUUGGUCGCCACGCCACCAAGAGUCAUUUGUUGCCCUUAAGCAACUACUUCGUAAGUCUACAGUUCUGCGACACUACGACGAAAGGAGACCCCUACUGCUAGCCUGUGACGCAUCACCAUACGGAGUAGGAGCAGUCCUCUCCCAAGCUGACGACCAGGGACGGGAAGCCCCGAUCGCUUUCGCAUCGCGCACCCUAUCGCAGGCAGAGAGGAAUUAUUCCCAGCUAGAUAAAGAGGGACUUGCUAUCGUCUACGCAGCAGAUCACUUUCGGCAGUACAUCACAGGCAGAAAAGUGACAUUCAUAACAGAUCACCGGCCCUUAUUGGGUAUUAUGGGUCCCCAGAAGCCAAUGCCACAGACUUUGUCGCCGCGAAUGACACGAUGGUGCAUCAAGAUGUCGUCGUACGAUUACGAACUCGUACAUCGCACUGGAAAGAAACACCAGAACGCCGACGCACUAAGCCGCCUGCCGCUAGACACCACAAUAGAUGAACCACCCCCGCCAGGUGAUAUACUCAUGUUCGAGGCGCUGCCGAACCCUCCGCUAACAGCUGACACGGUAGCAGCGUCAACGCAGGAGUGCACUGUCUUGAAGGAAGUCUACGCAGCUAUACAAGAAGGCAACGUGCAGAAGCUAAAGGGUGAACACUUCAACGCUUACCGCAAGCGAGCUGCGGAGUUGAGCACUCAUCGCGGUUGCGUCACCUUGGGAUCAAGAGUUGUAAUUCCGGCGGCACUUCGCGAACAGGCCAUGUCGCUUGUCCACGCAGGCCAUCGAGGCAUUGUUGCCAUGAAAAAGUGUGCCAGAAGUUACAUGUGGUGGCCUGGUAUCGACGGUGAUAUAGAAUCGACAGUUCAGGAUUGCCAGCCUUGCCAAUGCAACCACAGGAGUCCGCCAAGAGCCCCUAUUCCUGAAUGGGAAAGACCAGACGCGCCUUGGCACACCCUGCACAUUGAUUUUGCUGGACCUAUCGAAGGAUGCUCAUUCCUGGUGGUUGUAGACGCAUACACCAAGUGGCUUGAGGUAAAACAAAUGGCUACAACGACAUCGGCAGCAGUUAUCGACACUCUGCGGUCGUUGUUUGCAACGUUCGGUCUACCGCGCAAGGUGGUCUCGGACAACGGCACGCCGUUUGUGUCCACGGAGAUUCUCAAGUUCUACAGCGACAACGGCGUCUCGUCUGUUACAUCAGCUCCUUACCACCCGGCGACGAACGGACAAGCCGAGCGAUACGUGGCUGAGCUAAAGCGCGCCCUUACUAAAGAUCAGACUGGGACAAUGCAACGCCGCAUCGCGCGCUUCCUCUUCAGACAGCACAACACUGUUCAAAGCACUACUGAACAAACGCCAGCGAAAUUGAUGUUCGGACGAGAAAUGAGAACCCAGCUGACAGCAAUUGUCCCGGAGCCCUCGGCGAAAACACCGUCGGAGGAAGAAAAGCUCCCGCGUAGCAGGAGAAUUGAAAGUGGACAGCGCAUAUACGCCCGCCAGUUCCACAGAAAGCCCGGCUGGGUUGAAGCGACGGCACUCAAACGCAUAGGUUUGCGGUCAUGGCUCGUCGACAUCGGCGGAAAGGCCACACGCCGCCACCUUAAUCAGCUACGUCGUUCCGGUAAUUUGCCAAGGGAACCUCCCAUUCAAGCAGCCACCUCGACGGAAGCUUCGUCCCACUUAGCCUGGCAUCUCGCACCAGAUGAAUCGGCGCCGCCGCCCGCCGGCUCUGAACACAAGAGAAACGACACCCAGCGAGCGGAGGCUUCUCUUCCUAGUGCGUCCAGAGCGUCCACGCGCCCACGGCGGCCCCCAGAUCGCUUCCAAGCGAUAAUCUAA